AUGCCACAACACUCCGUGCAUUUUCUCAUCGUGUUGCUACUAGUGCUGCUAUCCUCAUCAUCGCCUAGUUUUUUCCUUCUUUCCUCUUCAUACGCCACAACCGUUCCCAAAUUUUUCAAAUGUCCUCUCUACACACUCCAGACCAAUCACACCAUUUACAAGAGUUUUAAUUAUUUACAUCCGAAUUAUAUUCUGGAUCCUACAUUGGAAGCAGAAUGUGCAGUCAUUCCAUUGGCAUUGGAUCCUUCACAACCCUAUACUCCGUUCAAUCGUAUUGAAUUAUUUGUGAAACGAGUGAAAAUUACAAGUGAAAAAAAUUCAUCUCGAACCUCCAAUGAUGUGAAACAUUUUGAAAAAUUAGAGAAGGAAUUGAAUUCACUUUGGAUUUUACCAGGAAUCUCUCCGACUUAUUCUGUGAAUUACAACCAUUAUCAAUCCAACGUUUCUUAUCAUUCGUAUUUUUUGGACUCGUUGUCACCGGCGACUGCAAGUUCAGUGUUUUUUGAACCGUUGUUGGAUCGCUUGUCCACAUUGAUGAAAAUUCAACAGCUCCCUUUUCAAUAUAUUUACACGCUGGAUCAUCGUGGAGUGGGAGCGAGUCAGAGAUUGAGUUGCGUCGCGUCACAAGCAGAAACAAAUGGAUCCAUCUCUGGAAAAUUUAUUGACAUUUACAGUGAAUUGAAAAAUUGUGCUGUAUCGAAUUCUGAUUCAAAUUAUUUAUUUUCAUCUGUAAAUGCAGCUAUUGAUGUCGUCUCACUCAUGAAAAUGUUACAUUCGAGCAAUGAAGGAAUUUUCCUUUAUGGAAACUCUUAUGGAACUGUGUGGUUGAGUCGAUUCAUGAGAUAUCUCGAAUUGAAUCAAGCCAACGUGAUGGAUUUAAAUAUUCGAGGUGUUGUGAUGGAUGGUGUCAUGGCCACUGUGGAUUCUUCUUCUGCUACUACAUUAUUGAAACGUUUCACAUUUGACCAAACCAUGCUCUAUCAAAAUGAGGCCCUUGCAAAUUAUUUGAAAUAUUGUGACAUGCCAUCGAGUAACCAAACAAACGUGAAGAAAAAUACCUGUCAAGAAAAAUUACAACAAUUUUAUGAGCAAACUGGUCUUACAACUGCCAUUUCUCUCCUCCAAAAUACCAUUCAGUUAAUUUAUGAAAAUGGAACUAUGUGUGAACCAAUGCUUGAUAUUAUUGACAAUGCAGAAUAUUUCCGACAAUUACUGACUCGAUUGUUAUCGAAUGAAUAUGAACGAGUCCUUAUUCCAGCAAUUUUAUAUCGAUUGAAUCGAUGUGAUAUGGAUCUGGAUGUCCCAACUCUUCAACGAAUUUUCUCAUUCAUGAUCGAAAGAAGAGAAGACAACAAGAAUGCAUAUAUGGACUAUCCACUUUCACAAUCUCCAUUAUUAGGUUACAAUAUUAUUUAUUCUGAAAUGUGGACGAAAAAUAUAACCUUGCACCAAAUGGAAAUACUUUAUAAUCAAUCGAUUGGAGCCACUCGAGAUGCUCUCUCCUACAAGACGGCUCUUGAUCUUUCACAAUGGAAAACCUAUGACCUAGAUCCUCAAUAUGACAAUGUUGCAUUUUCCUCAAACGUGCCAAUAUUAAUGUUGAAUGGCGAAUUGGAUCCAUUGACGCCUGUGGAAGGAGCUCGAAAUCAAUUUUCACACAUUCACGGAAACUCGGUCAAGUUCAUUGAAAUUCCGUUUGGAGCUCAUUUCUCACUGUUCAACACACCCAUUCAAAAUUCAACUCUGGAUUGUGGAUUACAAAUUCUCAUCAACUUUCUUUCGCACGCCAAUGUUUCUCAACUGAAUUUACAAUGCCUUCAAGAAUUGAGUUUUAACUUUACAGGAUCACCUAUCGUGAAUUUACAAUUGGCUGGAGUUUUAAAUAUUUAUGAAGACAUGUAUGAAGCUCCAGAGCCUCCUCUAGUCUUUAGCAUGUUUUUAAUGAUUGGAAUUGUUUUGGCAACCUUUGUCGUUGCAUUAUGUGCAAUUAUAUUGUUAACCUAUGCAUUGAUUGAUCUAAAGAUUAGAAUGAAAAAUCAAUUGGCCUAUGUUCGCAUCAAUCAAUAA